AUGUCGUACUCUGCCACUAGUACCACCGAGCAAGAACGCAAGACCAUCACUCUGCUAAACGGUCAAACAUUCCACUUCAAUUCCAAUGACUCAAUAGAAGCUGCACAGAUCCCUGUGAUCGACGUAUCUCGCAUUUACAGUGAGAAGCUGGAGGAUCGCCAAGCCGUCGCAGAUGAAAUACGAGAUGCAUCGAGGGAAAUAGGAUUUUUCUACAUGAUCAACCAUGGGGUCGACAUGAGCUACGCCGAUGACGCCAUGAAUCAAGCAAAAAAAUUCUUCGCUCUCCCAUAUGAGAAGAAGAUGGAGGUUUUCACCGGUUUGGUACCCAAUGAAUACGUGGGAUAUCAUCCACUCGAGUAUUAUAAUAGGAAUGGCUGGAAGCAUCGAGACCUAAGUGAAGCCUUCAACUGGGCGUAUGAUGCAGCAGAAGAUCCCGAAGCACCAGAGACAGAAAGCAAGUCCGUAAGUAUAUGGCCAUCAGAUCUACCGGGAUUUCGAGACAGCCUCUAUGCAUAUCACACCAAGCUGCUGCAGCUUUCGAGAAGGCUGACACGGAUCUUUGCGCUCGCAUUGCAUCUUCCGGAGGAUUAUUUUGAUGAAUUCGUGAAAAGACCAGAGGCCGGCAUGCGCAUUCUGCACUAUCCCGCACAAGAGCGCUCUGCGGAUGACCAGCAGGGUAUUGGAGCGCACACCGACGUUGAGUGCUUCACAAUCGUCACACAAGAUUUGUCUGGUGGGCUCGAAGUUCUCAGCAAGGGCGGUUCUUGGAUCAAGGCAUCUCCGAUCCCUGGAUCGUUUGUGGUUAAUAUCGCCGACUGCUUCAUGCGGCAGACAAAUGACUUCUUUGUUUCCACUGUGCACAGAGUUAUCAACAGGACAGGCAAGGAGAGGUUUUCUGUGCCCUUCUUCUGGGGAUUUGACCGCACGAAGCUCUUGGAGCCUGUACCCACAUGCGUGAGCGACGAUAACCCUAUGAGGUACCCCGUUGUCACCGGUGGCGACUAUUAUAAAUGGAGAUCUGUCACACAAAAAGGGCUGGGAAAAACGAAAGAAACACCUCAGUUGGUUGCUGCUGAAUAG